UGUGUGAGUCUGCAGGUGAAACUGCUUAGGUGAAAAGCGCGGAGUCGGAGCGGGGACACGCUGGGCUACAGCCUGAGAUGGAAUCCGCCCGCCUCGGAAGCUGCCCUGCCCGCGGCUGCUCGGGCAGCGUCUUCGCUGAGCUCGGAGGACACCGUUAGCAUUUGCCCGGGGAUGUGCACCUGCCGUGCGCGGCGAGCGUCCGGGCAGGUCUGCAGGCAGCCGAGGGAGCGGUGAAGCUGGAGGAACUGUCUCGACCCAUGGGCAAGGCAGUAAUUCCGGGAGAGAGACAGGGCGAGUGAGUCUCUAUAGAGUUGGGAGGAAGGCACGAGCUUGGCUUUCUCUUUUCGGUGUCCCCGGGUCGGGGGUGGUACUUUCCUUCCCUCUCCACCCACGAGCUCCCCGACCCAGCGUCUGAGCCCGACUUUAAACAUGCUGUGGAUGCCGGGCAUCCUGGCUGCUCAGCUGGAAGAAGGCAGCAGGCAAGUGGUCUGACGGCGGCGCGGCGGCGGCAGCGGCAAAGCGGGGAGCAAGAAGGUUUGAAAAGAGACGUCCGCUCCCUUUCACACGCUGAGGGGAAGGCAUUCACGCUUCCCCCAAAUGAGAAGGAGCCACGAGACAUCAUGAAGUAAAAACUUUGGAAAGCUGCCAUUGGAGAUGUCGCACAAAAACCUGGAACCUUUCAGGAGUCUCCUCCCAGGCGGUGGAGGUUUGGGGAGCAGCUGAUAGAGCAAGGAGUGCUCUUGCAGGACUCAAGUUCCAGGAGCCCUGGAGGAGCGGCACAGAGUGGGAGAGUGUGGCGAGAGAAUGAAGACACCAACCGCCCGGGAGAAGCAUGAGGUGGCAGUGCAGUGCUCGGCUUAGAGGGCUUCGGCCGGCGGCGGCGGCCCCGUGGGCAACUCUGCUGGCACUAGGCCUCCCCGGUUGGGUGCUGGCUGUCUCGGCCACGGCGGCCGCUGUGGUCCCCGAGCAUCAUGCCUCCACGGCCGGCCAGCCGCCCCUGGACUGGCUUCUCACCGAUCGGGGCCCCUUCCACCGCGCGCAGGAGUACACGGACUUCGUGGAGCGCUACCGCCAGGGUUUCACCACCAGGUACAGGAUCUACAGGGAGUUUGCACGUUGGAAAGUGAACAACCUGGCUCUGGAAAGGAAGGACUUCUUUAGUUUGCCACUGCCUCUUGCCCCAGAGUUUAUCCGGAACAUACGCCUCCUGGGAAGGAGACCCAACCUGCAACAGGUCACCGAAAACCUGAUCAAAAAGUAUGGCACUCACUUCCUACUUUCUGCCACCCUCGGAGGAGAAGAGUCCCUGACCAUUUUUGUGGACAAGCGGAAACUGAGCCGGAAGUCAGAGACGGCAGGAAGUGCCUCUGUGAUCGGGGGCAGUGGGAACAGCUCCGCCGUGUCCCUGGAGACCCUGCACCAGCUGGCAGCCUCCUACUUCAUCGACAGGGAGAGCACCUUGCGGCGGCUGCACCACAUCCAGAUAGCCACGGGGGCCAUCAAGGUCACGGAGACCCGGACCGGCCCCCUGGGCUGCAGCAACUACGACAACCUGGACUCAGUCAGCUCCGUCCUGGUACAGAGUCCAGAGAACAAGGUGCAGUUACUCGGCCUGCAGGUGCUGCUGCCCGAGUACCUGCGUGAGCGCUUCGUGGCUGCUGCGCUCAGCUACAUCACUUGCAGCUCCGAGGGUGAGCUCAUCUGCAAGGGGAAUGACUGUUGGUGCAAGUGCAGCCCCACCUUUCCAGAAUGCAACUGUCCUGACGCCGACAUCCAGGCCAUGGAGGACAGCCUGCUGCAGAUCCAGGACUCCUGGGCGACUCACAACCGGCAGUUCGAGGAGUCAGAGGAAUUCCAGGCCCUGCUGAAGCGACUGCCAGAUGACAGAUUCCUGAACUCCACAGCCAUCUCCCAGUUCUGGGCAGUGGACACCAGCCUCCAGCACCGCUACCAGCAGCUGGGAGCCAGCUUGCGAGUGCUGUUCAAGAAGACCCAUCGCAUCGUCCGCCGGCUCUUCAACCUCUGCAAGCGCUGCCACCGGCAGCCCCGCUUCCGUCUGCCCAAGGAGAGGUCCUUGCCCUACUGGUGGAACCGUAUCCAGUCCCUCCUCUACUGUGGGGAGAGCACCUUCCCCGGCACCUUCCUGGAACAGAGCCACAGCUGCACCUGCCCCUACGACCAGUCUUCCUGCCAGGGCCCCAUCCCCUGUGCCUUGGGCGAAGGGCCCGCCUGUGCCCACUGCGCCCCGGACAACAGCACCCGCUGCGGGAGCUGCAACCCGGGCUAUGUGCUCGCCCAGGGGUUGUGCCGCCCUGAGGUGGCCGAGUCCCUGGAGAACUUUCUGGGGCUGGAGACGGACCUGCAGGACCUGGAGCUGAAGUACCUGCUGCAGAAGCGGGACAGCCGCAUCGAGGUGCACUCCAUCUUCAUCAGCAACGACAUGCGUCUGGGCAGCUGGUUCGACCCGUCCUGGAGGAAGCGCAUGCUGCUCACCCUCAAGAGCAACAAGUACAAGCCUGGGCUGGUGCACGUGAUGCUGGCCCUGUCCCUGCAGAUCUGCCUCACCAAGAACAGCACCUUGGAGCCUGUCAUGGCCAUCUACGUCAACCCCUUCGGGGGCAGCCACUCUGAGAGCUGGUUCAUGCCCGUGAGUGAGGGCAGCUUCCCCGACUGGGAGAGGACUAAUGUGGACGCAGCCGCCCAGUGCCAAAACUGGACUAUCACCUUGGGCAACAGGUGGAAGACCUUCUUUGAGACGGUCCACGUUUACCUACGGAGCCGAAUCAAGUCCCUGGACGACAACUCCAAUGAGACAAUCUACUACGAGCCCCUGGAGAUGACCGAUCCCUCCAAGAACUUGGGCUACAUGAAAAUCAACACCUUGCAGGUCUUUGGUUACAGCCUGCCCUUUGACCCGGAUGCCAUCCGGGACUUAAUUCUCCAGUUAGACUACCCAUACACGCAAGGUUCCCAGGACUCUGCCCUCUUGCAGCUCAUCGAGCUUAGGGACCGGGUCAACCAGCUUUCUCCACCUGGCAAGGUCCGGCUUGACCUUUUCUCCUGCUUGCUCCGGCAUCGGCUCAAGCUGGCCAACAAUGAGGUGGGCAGGAUCCAGUCUUCUCUGAGGGCUUUCAACUCCAAGCUGCCAAACCCUGUGGAAUACGAGACCGGCAAACUCUGUAGCUAAUGGGAGACCCACUCCAGUGCCGGGCAGGGAAGGGACCCACGAAUCCAGGGUGUGGAGAUCAUCCAAGCCCUCACCUUAGUGCCAACAGGGUGCUUCCUGAAGACUGUCAGCACCCAGCAGAUGGGACCUCGGGGCUUGGACUGAGGCAGGCGGGAGAGAGAGAAACAGCCACUAUACACACGCACAGUGCACGUGCCCACACACACACACACUCGCACCAGGAGGCGACCACUCAGCAGCCCUGAAGCUGUAAAGUCGGUGCUUUCUCAAAUGAAUGCAGUUGAAGGAGAGGGGCCAAGGGAGAGAUCCAGUAAAAGAACCAGCCAAACCCAGCAACACACAAAUCCUUGAAAGGGAUUCUUACCAUUUAAGAGAGCAAGACGGAACAACAACGGGAGGGGUAGGAACACUGCCUCCCCCUCUGUGGGGUCACUUUUGUAUUCUUUUUAACCAGAUUUCUUAAAAUGGCGCUGUUUCAUGAUUCCCCCACGUUGGUUCUUUCUUUUUUGUACGCUGCCUCCACUGAGCUCUCCAGACACGGACUGCUCCUCCAGCGGCUCCCCUGGGAAGCAGGCAACACCCAGAGGGCCGCCCAGGGCGGGCAGGCAGCCGUUUCCCACCUGCUCCCUUAGCUCCUCUGCCUCCUCGACCUCCCCAGUUUCAGGGCCUGGCUGUCUCCAUGUUCUGCUCAUGGUCCAGCCAGAGCGCCUCUUCCAACAGCAUCUGUUUUGUCCAAGAAAGCAGCUCUGUCAAGUUAGAGACCAUGUAUAGGGAAAUGUUGUUUUUUUUUUUUUUUUUUUAAGAAAAAAGAAAAAACAAAAAUAUUUAUUUUGUGAUUGUUUUUCUUGUCAAUCAGCUCCAGCCACAUGAACCUAUGAGGUAAAACUGACCUGGUUUAAUAUA